CCCGCCGAAGUUGCGCCUCCCAUUCAGCGACUUUCCGCCGUGUGUAGUUAUGUGUUGAUGCCGUCCAUCCCAUCUUCUGUCUGCUCAAGCACAUUCAAACCAACUUUUUAUUUCUAGAGGAACUUUUAAAAUGGCUUACACGACCGCAGGUGGGACAAAGAAGAAGGUCUGCUACUACUACGACGGUGACAUAGGAAAUUAUUACUAUGGACAGGGGCACCCCAUGAAACCACAUCGUAUCCGGAUGACCCACAACUUACUUCUGAACUAUGGACUGUACAGGAAGAUGGAGGUCUAUAGGCCACACAAAGCCACUGCAGACGAGAUGACAAAAUAUCACAGUGAUGACUACAUCAAGUUCCUCCGAUCCAUACGACCAGACAACAUGUCAGAGUUCAGCAAACAGAUGCAGAGGUUCAAUGUUGGGGAGGACUGUCCGGUAUUCGAUGGCUUGUUUGAGUUCUGCCAACUGUCUGCUGGUGGUUCAGCUGCUGGCUCAGUGAAGCUGAACCGACAACAGACAGACAUUGCAGUGAAUUGGGCAGGAGGACUCCACCAUGCAAAGAAAUCUGAGGCCUCAGGGUUCUGUUACGUCAAUGACAUUGUGCUGGCCAUCCUGGAGCUGCUCAAGUACCACCAGAGGGUGCUGUACAUUGACAUAGACAUCCACCAUGGAGAUGGAGUGGAGGAGGCCUUCUACACAACAGACAGAGUUAUGACUGUGUCCUUCCAUAAAUAUGGGGAGUACUUCCCUGGAACUGGUGACCUUCGGGAUAUUGGAGCUGGAAAAGGCAAAUAUUACGCUGUCAACUUCCCACUGCGGGAUGGCAUAGAUGAUGAGUCAUACGAGCAAAUCUUCAAGCCUGUGAUGGCUAAGGUGAUGGAGAUGUACCAGCCCAGUGCUGUGGUUCUUCAGUGUGGUGCAGACUCACUCUCAGGAGACCGCCUCGGCUGCUUUAACCUCACCAUCCGAGGGCAUGCCAAAUGUGUGGAAUACAUCAAGUCAUUUAACCUGCCACUGCUCAUGCUGGGUGGAGGAGGAUACACCAUUCGAAAUGUGGCCCGAUGCUGGACCUAUGAGACAGCUGUGGCUCUGGACACUGACAUCCCUGACGAACUACCAUACAAUGACUACUUUGAGUACUUCGGGCCUGACUUCAAGCUCCACAUCAGCCCCUCCAACAUGACCAACCAGAACUCACAGGAAUACAUGGACAAAAUCAAGCAGCGGCUGUUUGAGAACCUGCGGAUGCUGCCUCAUGCUCCAGGGGUUCAGAUGCAAGCCAUCCCGGAGGAUGCCGUCCCAGACGACACAGUGGAUGAGGACACAGAGGAUCCUGACAAACGCUUGUCCAUCCGUGCUACAGAUAAGAGAAUAGCCUGUGACGAAGAGUUCUCCGACUCUGAGGACGAAGGGGAGGGAGGCAGGAGGAACACAGCCAAUCACAAGAAAGGAGCUAAAAGGCCCAGAGUGGACGAGGACAAACAGGAAGGAGAGGAGAAGAAAGCUGAUAUAAAAGAAGAAGAGAAGACAAAAGACAGCAGUGCUGAGAAGACUGACUCAAAGAGCAGUGUGAAAACCGAACAGACCAGCAGUACCUAAAGUGUUCUUAUCCAAAGGUCUUAACUGGUGCUCUCCAGCUUCGAGGAUCCUGCACUUCCCCGAAACACCAUUAAGAAGCAUUAUAUUUAUUAUGACUCUUCGUUUUCUACUUGUAAAUUGUCUUUGUGUUGUGUGUCAGUGGUUAUCCUGAAUUCAGCCCUUGAAUUUGCCAGAUUUGAUGCUCUUUAAACUAUGUGAAUCCAAUGUGCUUAAUCUUCUGAAUCAACUCUUUUGUCUUUAACGAGGGCUUAAACCCUUACAUGAACCUGUAAUGAUUUUACAGCUGAAUUUUGAUAUUUUGUUUUUGUCAAUAAAACUUUUUAUACUGUUGUCUUUGA